AUGUCCAAAUUCAAAUGGAUACUCGAUAAGGCGGCUGUAGAGAAUGAGCCCGGACUCACCAAUGCCCAGAUGAUGUUGACAAACAACGACUUACGGCCAGGUGAGACUAUCCAGGCUUAUACCACCUCAGAUCUACCCCUUAUUUAUCACUCUCGUGGUUCACGAAGAAUCCAGAAGCUGACCAAUGGAAACCGUACUACAGUGGACCCGGAACGACGCCAAUGGAAAUGGAUCAACUUUAUUGCUUUUUGGAUUGCGGACUCAUUAAACAUCAACACAUGGAUGAUUUCCUCCUCAAUGAUCGUUGACGGUCUUUCCUGGUGGCAGUCCUGGAUCUGUGUUUGGGUUGGGUACUUCGUGGCUGCAGCUUUCGUGUGCCUGAUUGGACGAAUCGGCGCUAUCUACCAUAUUUCCUUCCCCGUGACAGCUCGAGCUUCAUUCGGAAUAUGGGGUUCUCUAUGGCCCGUCCUCAACCGCGUGGUGAUGGCUAUCAUUUGGUAUGGAGUACAGGGCUAUAUCGGAGGCCAGUGUGUGACUUUGAUGAUCGAAGCCAUUUGGCCGAGCUACCGAAACCUUCACAAUGGUCUCUCUGCCAGUGCUGGCGUCGACACUAAGAACUUUGUCAGCUUCUUCUUAUUCUGGCUGCUCUCACUUCCAGCCUUGUGGUUCCCCGUUCACAAGGUCCGUCACUUGUUCACCGCUAAGGCAAUUUACUCUCCCAUCGCUGCCAUCGCUUUCUUUGCCUGGGCCAUCUCCCGUGCCCACGGUCUCGGCCCGAUUAUCCACCAGUCCAACACCGCCCACGGAAGCGAUCUUUCCUGGGCCAUCGUGAAAGCAAUCAUGUCGUGUAUCGGAAACUUCGCAGCGCUUAUCAUGAACAACCCCGAUUUCUCACGAUUUGCCCGAACACCAAAAGAUGCAUUCUGGGCGCAGCUAUUUACCAUUCCCGUCGGCUUUGGCGUCACCUCAUUCAUCGGAAUCAUCGUGUCUUCCUCCUCGUCAGUGAUCUUCAACGACGGCUACACAUGGAACCCCCUUGAUCUUCUCGGGAAAUUCCUCGAUGGAGCCAGUUCUGGCCAACGCUUCGGUAUCUUCGUCAUCGCCACCGGCUUUGCCCUAGCUCAGCUCGGAACAAACAUUUCCGCCAACUCCAUCUCAGCAGGCACCGACAUGACUGCAAUGCUCCCCCGAUACAUGACCAUCCGACGCGGUAGUUACAUCUGCGCUGCCGUCGGUCUAGCUAUGUGUCCAUGGAAUCUUCUCUCAACCUCAAACAACUUCACAACCUACCUCUCAGCCUACUCCGUCUUCCUCUCCGCCAUCGCCGGCGUCAUGAUCUGCGACUACUACAUCGUCCGCAAGGGCUACCUGAACAUCAAAUCCCUCUACAGCGCUAGCAAAACCGAUUGCUACUACUAUACCUGCGGUUUCUCCUGGCGUGCCUAUACCGCGUACAUCUGCGGGAUCAUGAUCAACAUCGUUGGCUUCGCCGGUGCUGUUGGGUGCAAGGUUCCUAUCGGCGCACAAUACAUCUACAACUUCAACUAUUUCACCGGCGUCAUUGUUUCCGGCGUCGUGUACUUCGCUCUGACGUGGUUUUUCCCCGUUCCUGAGACAAGUGAUACCUGGAACGAGGUUGAUAUCGAUGUUGAGGAUGCCUUCGUUUCAGUACGGGAAGGACCCUAA